CCUGGAGACGUCUUGCCUUCCACGAAGGCUCCAGCCCUAUUUCGGAGCUGGCCAUCACGCGCUGCUGGAAACCGUGCCACCUCGCAGCAUGGCCACCAGUCUCGGUUCCGACGCUCCCCUGCAGCCGAGCACGCUGUCGACCCAUCAGACCACGCUCCUGCUGCUCCUGUCGGUGCUGGCCGCCGUGCACGUGGGCCAGUGGCUGCUGAGGCAGCGGCGGCGGCAGCCGGGGUCCGCGCCGCCCGGCCCCUUCCCUUGGCCGCUGAUCGGAAACGUGGCGGCGAUGGGCCCGGCGCCGCACCUCUCGUUUGGGCGCCUGGCGCGGCGCUACGGCGACGUCUUCCAGAUCCGCCUGGGCAACCGCCCGGUGGUGGUGCUGAACGGCGAGCGCGCCAUCCGCCAGGCGCUGGUGCAGCAGGGCGCCGCCUUCGCCGACCGGCCUCGCUUCGCCUCCUUUCGAGUGGUGUCCCGCGGCCGCAGCCUGGCUUUCGGCCAGUACUCCCAGCGCUGGAAGACGCAGCGGCGCGCGGCGCAAAGCACCAUGCGAGCCUUCUGCACGCGCCAGCCGCGCAGCCGGCGCGUCCUCGAGGGCCACGUGCUGGGCGAGGUGCGCGAGCUGGUGCAGCUGCUGGUGCGCGGCAGCGCGGGCGGCGCGUACCUCGACCCGCGGCCGCUGACCGUGGUGGCGGUGGCCAACGUCAUGAGCGCCGUGUGCUUCGGCUGCCGCUACAGCCACGACGACGCGGAGUUCCGCGAGCUGCUCAGCCACAACGACAAGUUCGGGCGCACGGUGGGCGCGGGCAGCUUGGUGGACGUGUUGCCCUGGCUGCAGCUCUUCCCCAACCCCGUGCGCACCAUCUUUCGCGAGUUCGAGCAGCUAAACCACAACUUCAGCAACUUCGUCCUCGACAAGUUCCUGAAGCACCGUGAAAGCCUGCAGCCCGGGGCCGCCCCCCGCGACAUGAUGGACGCCUUCAUCCUCUCCGCGGGAACGGAGGCGGCGGAGGGCUCGGACGAUGGCAGCGCGCGCCUUGACCUGGAGUACGUGCCGUCCACUGUCACCGACAUCUUCGGCGCCAGCCAGGACACGCUCUCCACCGCGCUGCAGUGGCUGCUCAUCCUUUUCACCAGGUAUCCUGAAGUGCAGGCUCGGGUCCAGGCAGAAUUGGACCGAGUCGUGGGUAGAGACCGUCUCCCCUGCUUGGAGGACCAGCCCAACCUGCCCUACGUCAUGGCCUUUCUUUAUGAAGCCAUGCGCUUCUCCAGCUUUGUGCCCGUCACCAUUCCUCACGCCACCACUGCCAGUGCCUCCGUCCUGGGCUACCACAUUCCCAAGGACACGGUGGUUUUUGUUAACCAGUGGUCCGUGAAUCACGACCCGGUGAAGUGGCCUAACCCAGAGGACUUCGAUCCAGCCCGGUUCUUGGACAAGGACGGCUUCAUCGACAAGGACCUGGCCAGCAGUGUGAUGAUUUUUUCAGUGGGCAAACGGCGGUGCAUUGGGGAAGAGCUUUCCAAGAUGCAGCUCUUUCUCUUCAUCUCCAUCCUGGCUCACGAGUGCAAUUUCAAGGCCAAUCCAGAGGAAUCCUCAAAAUUGGAUUUUGAUUACGGUCUGACCAUUAAGCCCAAGUCAUUUAAAAUCAAUGUCACUCUUAGAGAGUCCAUGGAGCUCCUCGAUAGUGCCGUCCGAAAGUUACAAGCCGAGGAGGACUGCCAGCGCGAGGCCAGAAGCAAGCUGAAAUGUUAGAAGUACUCAGGUUUUGCGGGAUAGGGAGUAGAAUUUUCUAGCUCUGCUGUGCCACUUUCUUGGUUAGCCUCUAAACUGAGCACAAACCAGCUGCCCCCCAGAUGAUGUGCUUUACACACGUGUGCUCAGAUGAGCACUGGGCUAUGCGAGAGCUUCUAGAAGAUUUUUUGAAUCAAAGAAUUAAAGGGUCCAAAGAAUUUUUAUACAUAAAUCAAGGGCUGGUAACAAUAAUUUCUUGAGGGAGCAUCCUUUGGAGUUUAAACACACAUACGCAGACACACAAAUGCCCUGAAGGAGGAGUGUUUCGGUGACCAUGCCUUCGUGGGUGGGAUCCAAGAUUAAUGUUCCUUGUGCUGAGAUCUUGUUCUUAGAAAAUUAUAUUAAGCAAGGGUUCAAAAUAUAUUAUUGAAUACACAGAGGCAAAUACUUUCAGUGUAAGACGUGUGAUUGAGGGUGAUAAGGGAAAAGUUAAAGGCCAGAAAUUCCUUUCAUCACCUUUUCAGUAAAAAAUAGUUUAGUUAGGCUCUAACAUCUAUAGAUGGAUUUAUCUUUUUGCCUACUGAUAUGGUUUCUUUUUUUUUUUUUUUUUUGCAAAAGUCAUAAACUCAUUUGCUUACAAAGAAAUUUAAUAGUGGUUGAUUUAGUGAUUAUAGUAGAUUUCAGUGAUUUGUCAUGAAUUUUAAAGUUGUAAGUUGUUCAACUGUAAAAAAUUCCAAGCCGAGUCAUACCUCUCUCAGUUGGAGGCCAAAGUACAGAAUUUCAAUUAUGAGCAAAAAACAAAAACCAAACCAAAAAACACAAGAGAAGCGAAGGAAAAAAAAAAACGCACAACAAAACCAAAAACAAACCAACAACAAAAGAUUUACCAGCCCAGCUAAGCUUUAAGUGAUGUGAUUAUACAUAAUGCACUGAUUUCAUUCAGUCUUGUAGGUUAAAAAUAAAGUCACCAAAUACCAUUCAAUACAUAUAUAAUUAUUCAUAAGCAAUACGUAUUAGUUAUUGUAUUAUUAAAUAGUAUUAUUUUCGUUAAGUAAAGUUUCUUUCCAGAAGAAGGACCGAUCAAAAAGUUUGAUUCAACCAACUUUGGGUCAUAUACACGAAACAAGCCUAUUUCGACCUCAUGAAAACCAAGUUGAAGCAAAGUCUGUUCUCUGACCCCCAACUUGAAUGAGAACUGAAUAAUUCAAGGUUGGACCUGUAAGAUGUGUUCCUCAUUACUAUACAGCAUAUUUACUAAAAUUAUAUUCAUAAUCCAGACUCUUCUUGUGAAAUUGAUGUAGUGAAUAUGUUAUAAUUCUAAACUCUUGGCAUGCUUCGAUUUUAAUUUAAUCUUAAAGCCAUUCUAAUUGUUGAGUUCAGCUUGAAGUUACUGGAAAUACAACCAUUAGCCUGUGCAAGGCAGAGCAAUUUAACCCAGCAUCUGCCUGGUGAAUAGUGAAAAACGCAAUGACUUACCUGGAUGUUCUCUUUAUUAGAGACAAAGGGAGAAAAACUUCCCAUCAUAACGGACCUAGUUUUUCUUCUAAAUGAUUUUUUUUUUAAAUAGCAUUCAUGUCUGUGUUUUGGAAAGUCAGAAUCAGAAGGUAGUCUUGGGAGGCUGUUCCAGUGGAACUGAUCAGAUCGGGUGUCCCGUUCAGGAUGGUCAACCCAGUGAGUGGUCGCUUUGGUAACUGUGAAAACAUAAAGCCUGAACGAACCGUGUAGGUUCUAUUUAUGUAAGGAUCCUAAAAACCUUAAAAAAAAAAGUGAUGGAAGAUUAAAGACAGACAAAGUGAAGGUUAGAGCUUUAACUUUCAUGGCAUGUGGACUUCCGGAGGAAGACAUGCAGUGUCCUGAAAGCUUACUCUUCUUGCAUUUUAUUAAGAUGUUUGGAAUCUUUUCAUCAAAUCUAUAAAGGAAAGAAGGAGUGCUUGGCAGUUGUGUGUAGGAGUGGUGAGAAAAACGAGUGAGAAACGAAAAGGAAGGAAGUUGGUUAUGCAUUUCGCCACGCAUUCCAAACUAAUUAAUCUAUGGCACAAAAGUUGAAAUUUGAACAUUUAAAAAUAAGACGUUCUGUGGGCCAAGGUUAAAUCCCAAGUAGACUUUUAAGAAAAACUACAACGCAGAAGAUCUGUUUUGUGAUUUGAAAUUCUUUUGUUAACAAAAAUGUAUAUAAUAAAAUCUCAUAGCGCUGCCUCCUGAAUAUGGAGAACUGUGCCAGUAUUUUUCAAAGCAACUAAAUUCAACUAUAGAGGUCAGGCUCACCCAACACGUUUCAAUUUUUUUUUUUGUUUGUUUGUCACCAGCUAUUUGCAAACAUCAUCGCCCCAGUGCCCUAAGCAGGACUGAGACAGUGAGAUUUCAGGCUGCCUGAGCCCACUGACUCUGAGACGUGUGGUUGCAGGAGUAAUUAUGUGUCGAUCUGGAUGCCUCGUUAAGUCGACCAAAUCCAGAUGGGCUAUAAUCUGUUUUUGCGUUUGUAGGCUCAGUUCAUCCAGCAGUUUUGGCAAGGGAAAAGCCAAGCUUACAUACGAGGAGGUAAGGUGGGCGCUGGGAGGUUACCUGGCUUAUUUAACACAACCUAGUUUAUUUUAUAUCUUAUAACCUCAUGAAAGGAAGGAAAGCAAAACCAAAAAUAAGCCAAUAAAAAUAACCGCACUUGGAGGCUACAAGAAUGAAGCCACUGGCUCCACAGAAGACCUUAUUUUAUUUCUUUCAGAAAAAGAAUCUAUUUGAUGCUCACUAUUGUAGUCAGAAUAUCUACUCCAGGUUAUUGUGAUAGUUAAAGUAUGUUGUUCAUUAAGCACUUCCUUUAAAUAUGAAGCUUUGACUUUGUAAGAAAAUUGCUUUUUUUUUCUCCAAACAAAAAGACGUCUCAGGUUGUUUUGUGGGUUAUCUGAAAGCUUUUCUUUUUCUUUCUUCCUAAAAGCUUUCAUGUCUCAGAACUUAGCCUUCACCUGUGAAAUGUUAUUACGGCCUUAACAUUUCCUUAUUAGAUCUAUAUUAGAUCAAAUAGUUGCAUAGCAUUUAUAUUAAUUUGUAUGUUCUUAGCUAUGAUACGCAGUGUGAUACUUUAGUAGAUGUUCAUAACUCUAUGGUAGCUUUUUAUUUAACCGUUUCUUAUUUUGUAUUUUAUCACUUAUGCUUUUAAUAUGUACAGAGCAACUAUAAUGCGUAGUUGGAACUGAAAUCCAUUUUGGGGACACAGCAUGAAUAUGUAUCUUUUGCUGUUUGAUGUGCCCAAUUAAAAACAUUCUGUAUCUGUAAUUUGUCUAUAACAGGACACCAUCGCCCAAUAAUAAAAAUCACUUUCAUUAUCUUGU